UUGCGUGCGGUCGCCGUCAAAUCUCAUCGAAUUCGCCUUCCCCAAAAACGACAAAGUACAAUACAGAUAAUUCUUUCCUAGAAUCACACUUCUCAUCACUCCGAAGCAACCGCCGACCUAUUCGCUUGCCCAAUUCCUCCUCCGCAUAGCUCCCUCAACCAUGGCCACCGGUCCCUCCACCACCAUUACCGCAUCCAACUCGCCUCUCCCUCGCCGCAUAAUAAUCUGCGGCGGCGGCGUCAUCGGAGUCUGCACCGCCUACUUCCUCGCUUCAAAGGCCUCCACCCGCGUCUCCAUCACCGUCGUCGAGAGAUCCUCCAUCGCCUGCGCCGCCUCCGGCAAGGCCGGCGGCUUCCUCGCCCUCGAUUGGUGCGACGGCACUCCCGUCGCCGAGCUCGCCCGGGCCAGCUUCCACCUCCACCGAUCCCUCUCAGAUCUUCUAGACGGCCCCCGCGCAUACGGAUACCGCCCCCCAACCGCACUUUCACUCCCCCUCUCCACGCCCCGCGAAUCACGAUCGCCGGCGCUCCCAUCUUGGAUCGACGGAGCGGCCGCCGGACGACCGCGGACGAUCGGAACCCUAGAGACGACCGCACAGGUUCAUCCCCUGAUGUUCACGAGGGCGGUGUUGUCGUCGGCUACGGCGGAGUAUGGAGUCGAGGUGGUGUUUGGAGAGGUGCGGGAUGUUCAAGUUGGGGGAACCGGUGUACGGCUCCGAGAUGGAAGGAUGUUGCCGGCGGAUGUGGUGGUGAUUGCGCUCGGACCGUGGUCGGGUCGACUGCGGCUAGUCUCCGAUCUGUUCCAUGUAUCUGGCCUCAAGGUGCAUAGCAUUGUCCUCCGGCCUCCGGAGCCGGCCAUUAUUAGUCCCCAUGCGCUUUUCCUUAGCUACCAGAUUACCCCGGGAGGCAAGACUGUUGACCCGGAGGUCUACCCCAGACCCUCAGGAGAAGUGUACAUAUGCGGGCCAUCAAAGGAGGCCACUGCUCCCGACAAUCCUGAGGAUAUUGUGGGCGAGCCAGAAUCUAUCGCAAUGCUGCAUAAGAUUGCCGGCUCAGUGUCAAGCCACCUGAACUCCAGCGUCGCUGAGGCGGUGGCCGAACAAGCUUGCUUUUUGCCCUGCACUGAUGAUAGCUUGCCGGUCAUUGGUGAGAUUCCCGGCACCAAGAACUGCUAUGUUGCCACCGGCCACAGCUGCUGGGGUAUUCUCAACGCUCCGGCCACCGGAGCAGCGCUAGCCGAGCUUAUUUUAGAAGGACGGUCUACAACGGUGAAUUUGGAUCCCUUCAGCCCGUCGAGAUUCCUCCGGUGAAAGGCUUUCAGGUAAGACUGUUUAUGUUUUGCUGGAAUCUGAAGUGUAAGAAUGAAGUUUAUAUAUGCAUUAAACUCUGUUUGCUAAGGAAAAACACAGAGAAAUAUUAUAUUUCCAAUCUCAGGAUUUAAUUUACUUA